AUGAGCGCAGGCGGCGGAGCUGGACCUUUGGUCCCAACUUUCCAUGGAUUCGUACACAACAGCAUGGACGGCCUUGUCCUCUUCGAGGCCUGCCUCAGUGGGAAGCUGCAUCACGUUCCCCGACGACCACAUGACAGAGAGCGAAGCUCGCUCAUCAAGAGCGGCAGCAUUUUCAUCUACGAAGAGAACGCAUCCGGUAUCAAGAGAUGGACCGACGGUGUAGCAUGGAGUCCCAGUCGCAUUCUCGGUAACUUUCUCAUCUACCGCGAGCUAGAGAAGCCAUUCCCUCCAGGCGAGAAGAAGCGUGCCAUGAAGCGAAAGCGCACGAGUCUGCCUGGGGAACCCUAUCCACGACGAGAUUCGGAAGAGAAUGAGAAUUCCGAAUUGACGACUCCACUGACGCCCCCGGAACAGAACAAUGUCGGCGGCGAGGUCAAGCCCGAAGUGCCCAGCACCGACCAAGACAAGGAGCUGGAACGGUCUCUGAUCGGAUCCCUGGUGGACAGCUAUGGGUUUCGUCCUGACGGACUCGUCAAGAAGACGAUGAGCAUCUCGGUCAACGGAAUCUCUCACCACAUGGUGUCUUAUUACAAAGUCGACGAUGUCAAGAACAACCUACUCCCAAGACCUCUCUCGGAUCCACGUCUGCAGAACAUCUCCGUACGCCCAGAGCUGUAUCUCAAGCAAAACUUCCGCGCUCCAGUCGAGGAAACUGAGCACUACGCCAUCGACGGACACAUGAACGCCCAUCCUCAGAUGAUGUACUCUUCGAUGGCUGGUGGACCUUAUGGCGUGGCUCCGGGACAGUAUUUCGGCUCGCGCCCAUAUCCAGGCAUGUACGGGAUGCCCGCGUCCACAGGACCCGGACUCUACGGUGGAAUGACUGGAUCCUCGUGGCCAGGUCAGCAGACCACGGCCGGCUCGCUCCCAUACGCAGGACACCAGGCGUAUGGCGGUCAGACCUACGGCAGCUACUACAAGAGUGCGGACCAGUCGAAUGGGAAGACCGAAGGCCAGCAGCCGAGCACACAGGCCAUGCCAUACGGUAACCAGUACGCGCCAUCUUAUCCUAACAUGCAGAGAAGCGGAUCCGUAUCUGGCCCCCCAAUGUACCAGACUCCAGUACAGCCAGGCAAUUCCGCAUUUGGCGGUCGGCCUUCGUACGGGGGAAGCGGCAGCAUGAACAGCCCGUCUGCCAAUGGACAGCCACCGCAGCCCUAUGGCAGCGCUUCAUCCCAGCCGUACGCCGUCCGCUCCCCGACGCAGAGCUACAGUAUGUCGAGCGCGCCGCAAAGUGCAGUCACGCAAUCGCCUCAUCCAUCCGGCAAAAGCCCGCAGACGGCGCACCCGGGGACUCCAGGAGGCAUCGGAUCCGACCCCAACGCGCAGCUGCACAACAGCGGCAUGCCAUAUCGCUCGGGCACGUACGGUGUGCCCCAGACGCCUCAAUCUGGUCAUCCCGGCGGCGACAUGCACGGCCUGGGCAUCAGCACGACCUCGACCUACGCACCGCCCUCUCACGGUCCUGGCUACAGCUACGGAACGACCGGUCACGCACAAAGUGCCGGCCCUUACGCUCCAUAG